CACUGCGCAGGCGCUGCCGAGGGCGCAGGCGCAGGGGCUGGUGAGGCGGUCUGCCGGCGGGCCCGGACGCACUCUUUCCAGAUCCAGCCGCGACAUGGCCGCCGCUCUCCUAAGGAAAGUGGUUUCCACCGUGGGCCCCCUGCUGCACCUGGGUAGCCGCCCGCUCUCCUCGCUCGCGCCGUGCCCCACUUGCGCCUGCCCUCAGGUCGGUGCGCCCCCCAGCCCGGCGGCCGCGCUGCUCUCCGCGCGCCCGGCGCUCGGCCUGCAUCAGCCAGCCCUGGGCUUCAAGACCAAGGGCGUCCUCAGGAAGCGCUGCAAGGGCUGCUACCUGGUCAAGAGGCGCGGGCGUUGGUUCGUCUACUGCAAGACCAACCCGAAGCACAAGCAGAGACAGAUGUAGCCCUCCGGUUGGGAAAUCCCUGCCCGGGAGACGGUGCUGCCUCAUCGAAAGGAAAAUAAUGUAAACAUUCUGUAGCCUCCGUUCUGCUGAUCUUCGGGUGUUGUGGACUCUGCGGCCUGCAUCUCACCUCCUUGUGACUCCGGAUCCAGCCAAGCCUGAGACCCACCUGGAAACGCGUCCUUCUUAGCUCCUGCGCAACCUACGUUUGCGCUCGGGCAGAGGACCGAACAUCGGGGGGAGGGGAAGCUGGCUUUAUCCCACGUCAGAAUGCAGGUUCUUUAGAAGACCACCGUGUUCGUUGGCGCUCUCUCGGCCCUGUCUCUGCGCUCAGCCACACUGCGGCUUCCCCGUGGAUUCCGACUCGUGUUCUCAACAUCCCCAUCUCCAGGAUAAGCAGGGAAGACCGGGAUACCAGUCUUUAAGUCAAGGGAAAGUUACCUUGUUUAUACAUAUGUAAAGGUAUUUUGG